AUGGCGUCUUCACCCAAAUAUCUGACCGGCGAUAAAGCCGCCAUCAAUGACUUCAUUGACAAGUUUGACGUGCACAUUUCUAUUCGACUGCGAUGGUUAGUUUCGUAUACAGCUCCUGCCGGCAAGUCUCCUCAACUGACCCAGAACGACAAAGGUGUUCUUUGGUCUGGCGACCAUGUCUUCGACCGUGUUCCGGAGACCAUCAUGAUGCUAAAGGCCCGAGGCAAACGCACCGUCUUUGUAACAAACAACUCCACCAAGUCCCGCGAGGAUUACCUCCAAAAAAUAUCUAACCUCCAUAUCCCCUGCGAGAAGGAAGACGUCUUUGGUUCAUCCUACUCCGCAGCCGUCUACAUCUCACGCAUCCUCAAACUACCCCCGGGGAAAAACAAAGUCUUUGCCAUUGGUGAGGCCGGCGUAGAGGAGGAACUCGCAGCCGAAGGAAUCCCUUGCCUCGGCGGCACCGAUCCCAAUUUUCGGAGGGACAUGACGCCCAAGGACUUUGAGGCCCUCGCGGACGGCACGGCUUUGGAUCCAAAAGUGGGCGUUGUGCUAUGCGGGCUAGAUUUUCACAUUAAUUACCUGAAACUCUCUACCGCGCUGCACUAUUUGAAACGUGGAGCAAUUUUCCUUGCCACGAAUACGGAUUCGACGCUUCCUAUGCAUCGUAGUUUCUUCAUGGGCGCAGGAUCUAUUAUGAUUCCGCUACAGUAUGCUAGCGGCACCAAGCCGUUGGAGCUGGGGAAACCUAGUCAGGCCAUGAUGGAUGCUGUUGAAGGCAAGUUUCAGCUGGAUCGGUCAAAGACUUGCAUGGUUGGCGAUCGUUUGAAUACGGAUAUCAAGUUUGGUAUUGACGGUAAAUUAGGCGGGACGUUGCAUGUGCUUACAGGUGUUCAUCAGAAGGAGGACUGGGAUAAGAAGGAUGCCGUGGCUGUUCCAGCGUAUUAUGCGGACAAGCUGAGUGAUCUUGCGGUGGUGGCUUAA